AUUACACAUACAGCGUUUGCAGAGGUUUCACUCUGUAUGCCCUCUUAAAGGCAAAGCCUUAGCAAAGCUCGUUAAACUCAAACUCUUCUGUGGAGAAAGUUGUAGGUUUCCAGCUGCUCCUCUGACUCAAGGAGUUCACAGACUUUCCUGUGCGAGCUGAGAUGAGAGGGAUUAUUAAUAGCUGACUCUGUUUAGCCACUCUUCAGAUGCCUGACGUCUUCACUGCUCAGAAGUCUGCUGGAGGAUGGCGCCCAUUUCAUGCCUUCUUGGUACAGUUUAGCCAGGGAUAGACUUAUAUGACGGACAUUCAUCGUUCAUGUAGACCCAGAACUCCAAAUGAAGAACAUGAACCAGUCCGGUGAACUUCUUGGAGAUUCACAGCACCUUUUUCUCGGGAACAUCACUUCACUGGGACACCGGGAGAGCAACGGCAGUUUCUGGAAAUCAGUUAUUUUUAUGGAAGACGUAUUAUUCUCUGGCCAUGAGCCUGGUACAAUUGUUCUGGUAGUCAUGUACUCACUGUCCUUCCUUACUGGAAUAGUAGGAAAUAUCAUGGCUCUGAGGGUCUUAACAAGGAAACGAAGAAGCCGGUUAGCAGGGGUAUCAGCUACCAGAAGUUUGCUCAUUAACUUGGCUGUGUGCGAUAUGAUGGUAGUGUGCUUCUGUAUGCCCAUUACACUCGGUCAGCAAGUGUACAAUGCUUGGGUGUUCGGGGACUGGCUGUGUCGAGCCGUGCCUUUUGUCCAGGCUGUGUCUGUUUCUGCCAGUGUCCUCAGCUUGGCGGUCAUCAGCAUCAAUCGCUACUACAGUGUUCACAACCCUCUAAAUGCCAGAUCCUUCUUCACCUGUGGACGGGUUUGCACCAUGAUUGUUGUGGUAUGGGCUUUCUCCUCUGGCCUUUGCGCUCCUCUAGCUUUCAUGAAUCGAACCAAGAACUUAGUGUUGUUUGAAGGCCAGCUAGUUAUCCUGGUGUGCACAGAAAGCUGGCCUCACGCAAAGCUCCGACAAGCUUACAACUUUCUGUUGUUCUGCACUCUGUAUGGUUUACCGGUGAUUUUUAACCUCAUCAUAUGCUUUCUUACUGGUCGCCGUCUCUGGAGCACAGACGACAAACUCCAUGAAUGCCAUCAAGGCAACUUUCCCACUGCUGCUGCGCGCCUCAGGGGCCGCAAGAAGAUUGCCAAGAUGGUGGUAGCACUAGUGUUACUUUUUACCCUGUCAUGGCUUCCUCUGUACGUGGUAGACAUCUGGAUAGAUUUUAAUUUGCCCAGUACACCAGCAAGUGCGGAGCAAGACCCGGCCCCCAUGCAGUAUGCUUGGGUCCUGAACGUACGACCUUUCGCUCAGUGGCUGGGGCUCACUAACUCUGCUCUCAACCCCCUGUGCUACUGCUUCGUGGGUAACUUGUAUCGAUCUGCUCGGAAGUUCAAGGACAGCUACAGAAAGCGGGUAUCUUCUGUGUUCAGCCUUUCUUUGUCUCAGACUUCAUCCCAUUCAUCCAUUCCUAGACUUCUCUCCUACAGAGCCUCCACAGACCUCUCAGACUCAGAACUCCGCGGCUGGAGAAACUGUACAAAGUUCAAUCAGUUACUGUCAAAAUCCAAGAGCAUGUCUUCUGUCACCAUCUGUGAAACAUCACUGGACCUACACUGAGGGACACGUUCACCAUAUCCACACAAAGCUUCCAUACUAAAUGGCCUCCCGCAAGGUAGGGACUUCUCCCUUCAGCUGUUUCUAGAUGGAUUUCCGAGCACAUCGUCUGAAUGGGACAGAACUGUAGUCAAGUGACUGAGAGACAGUAUACCAUUUUGUGAACAAGUUUAAUGCCUUGGUAAUUAAUAUUUUUACCCUUUAAACUGCUAAAAUGUCUUUCCAGUCUGGAGAGAUAGAACGUUUUAGUAAAUGGUAAAAUGUUUACAUUCAUGGUUCAUGGAACUUGGACCACUAAAUGACGACCUCUGAUACAUAACUUAUUGGUUCUUGGUCUUUUCAGUUCCCAGGUAUUUUCAUCUGGGUCGCAUUUAAAGUGGGGUAAUGUAUUUAAAGCAACGGUGAUUGUUAGGUUAAAAAUAUGUCAGCUGUUGUUAGAAUUAUGGACUGUCUUCUAAUUCAAGGCUUGCAUUUCCAUAUGCAGUAGGCUAGUUUUAUUUAUUAUUAUUGUUAUUCAUUUUUUACCUUUACAAUUCGAAUGAUUUAA